AUGCCUUCUACUUACACCGUCUAUACGGCCUUGAGUCGACCGGAUCUUGUGAAGGUUCUUGAUAAACCUGACCACCCACUUAACCAGCUAUGGCCUGAAUUUCUUGAUCAGGACCUCACUGCUCAAUUAUUCACUCGGUUUCUGACCCGUCUGAGUCCGCUCGCCCGCUUUCAAUUCAUUGCUGUCGAGGUCGAGCUUACAACUGGCAAUGAGACCAUCAUUGGUCUAGCUCGAUCUAUUCCAUUCUUCUGGCCCGAAAUUGACACGAUCUCAUCCGUCAACUCCUUACCCCUCUCGCAGAAUCCCAAUAUUCUCAACACUCUCCCAGAUGGUGGGUACGACACUAUCCUCGCUCGCGGGGUCCAACAGUGUUUAGCUCGAGAAGGGCAGCUGCAAGAGCCACUAGCUCUCACAGAAGACCAACAGCAGGACUUGGCCAUUUCUCGUCGCAAAGACACAUCCAAUGCCCUCUCUGCUCUGUCCAUUGCCGUCCUCCCUGAACGGCGCAAGACAGGGCUUGCCGAGAUAUUUAUUCGAAAGAUGAAGGAAGUGGCCGUGCAAGAACACUUACACGCCUUGGUCGUUCCUUUGCGCCCUACGCGCAAAUGUGACUAUCCGCACACCGACAUGUCUGACUAUAUCUAUUGGCCACUCAGUGUCGAUUGUUCUACUGCAACAAGCCCAAUUGUUGGGCAGCUGAACUUGAUCUCCUCAAAGGGCCCGGGUCUGGCAUUUGACCCGUGGUUACGGAAACACCUUCGUUUGGGUGGCAAGGUUAUCAAGAUUGCGAGGAAUAGCAUGAUGGUCCGCGGAUCGAAUGUGGAGUGGCGUGAGUGGACAAAUAUCGAUUUUGAUGAUAUGGCGCAACAUGGUACUAGCUCCCAAGAGAGGGAUUAUGUGGAGGUUCUUAUACCCUCCGGAUUGGUGCCUGUGCAAUACUCCAGGAAGGACAAGAUUGGCGUCUACAAGGAGCCGAACGUGUGGAUCCUACAUGAGCUAGGGAACAUGUCUUGA